CCCCACACCCACACCCACACCCAUACGCACGCCCACACCCACACGCACACCCACACCCACACCCACACCCUGUCUGGGCCAUCGAUUGGUAUAAAACUCAUAAAGACAAAAGAUGUUUUUUUGUAGGCAUCUUCUGAUCAACACAUUUUCCUUUGCGUAUUUUCAUCAAUUUUUACAAAAAUCUCAAGUCAAAUUAUGUCAAAAUGUAGCUCAAAUCACGCUUUUCUCGCUAUAAAAUUAUGACAAUUUUUAUUAUCUCUAAACCUCUUAUUGUAUGUGGAUUUAAAAAAACAAUUAUUAAUUUGAUGGCGAAAAAAGUGUGAUUCGAGCUACAUUUUGACAUAAUUUGAGUUGAAAUUUUUGUAAAAAUUGAUGAAAAUACGCAAAGGAAAAUGUGUUGAUCAGAAGAUGCCUAUAAAAAAACGUCUUUUGUCUUUAUGAGCUUUAUACCGAUCAAUGGCCCAGACAUCGCUCUUUCGAAUGGUGAAAACCGCAGCUGUCUAUCUCUUUUCUAUCAAAAGUUAUUCAAAAAAUACUCAGUGCUCUUUUAUUUUGAAAUGGAUAUUAGUUUUGAUGCAUCCUAAUCGCGAAACGCGUCUAAACGCAUGCAAAACUUUGCAACCCGUUCAAACACCCCUAUAAUGAACGCAUUCCAGUGCGUUUGGAGGCAGUUUCAAUUGUGAGACGCGUUUAAACGCGUCAAAAAAGCGUUUCAUGGUUAUAUGGGCGCAAGGGAAAAAGGAAACGCAACUGCUGUUAGUUUUCAAAAAAAAGUUUAUCAUCACUUAGUACCAUACAAAACGUUCCAGUAAACGACUGAGCAAGAAAUGGAAGAGACAGGUAAGUAUUGUUAUUUAUUCAUAUGGAAAAUUUUUUGAUCGAAUUUGAUUUUUUCUUGUAUAUUAAUAUAGAAGUUUUGUUUCGAUUAUAAUACAGUGCUAUCAAAUAUCCAGUAUUGGGAACAAUUUAGUGCAUUGAUAUUAUAUUUUUCUGUUUUAACUAAACCGAUAUCUAAUCAAGGUUUAGCAUGUUAUAAAUGUAUGACAAAUAAUACAGAAAAUGAUGGUUGUCGAGAUCCAUUUUCAUCAUUAAUUAAUCCAAUUCACAUUAAUUGUCAGGCAACAUCUGUGGGCAAGAAUGGAACAUUUCCGGCUCGAUUCUGUGUAAAAAUUAGUGAUCGUAUAUUAAGUAUUGAUGGUAAUGCUAAUGCAUCUUAUUUAAAUACUGUUAUUUAUUAUCGUACAUGUGUUGUUGAUAAUAUUAUGGAAUCAACAAAAUCAUUAGAAACAUCAGGCAAUUUUUGA